AUGUCAUCGCGGGGCCGUAGGGGCCGCGGGCGGCCGCCCAAGUCGGCGGUACUCUCGCAUAGGCCUAGCUUGCUCAAGAAGCCUCGCUACCUGUACGCUGGCUCCAGCGCCCAGAGCUCGCGCCUGGGUCUUCACUUGCGCCAGUACGAGAACAGCACGCCGCAGCCCCAGCUCAAGCAGAGGCUCCGCGAAAAAUCGCAGAAGGUUCGGUCUUUCAUUCAGACUGUGCUCGGAGGCGGCGGCGACGACGAGGACAAUGACUUGGAGCCCCCUCCGUCCAGCGGCGACGAGAGCGACUACCAGCGCGCCGAGGACGAAGAAGACGACGACGACGGCUCGGUGGCCAGCUACGAGUCGGACGACGUGAGCGUGUACUCGCAGAGCAGUUACAGCACCAUCUCGAGCACGACUCCCGCCAAGCGCAAAUGGACCUCGUCCUCGCGGAGGGCGCACAGCCCCGUGUUCCUGCAGGAGCGCGAGCUGCCUGCGCUGGCGCUGCCCAAGAGCUCGGAGGACCUGAUCCUGCCCACGUGCCACAUCAUGCGCGCCUUGAGCAUCUACGAGACGCUGCGGCACUUCAGGAACAUCCUGCGGCUCACGCCGUUCCGAUUCGAGGACUUCUGCGUCGCCCUGAUGUCGGACGAGCAGUCGGCGCUCCUGUCCGAGGCGCACAUCGCGCUGCUGCGCGCAAUCCUGCGCGAAGAGGAGGCGGCGGGCACCCAGUUCGGGCCGCAGGACCUCAAGGACAGCAUCAACGUGCACCUGUACAUGGUGGACGCGGUGACGUGGCCCGCGGUGUUGCGAAUGUAUCUGACGAGCGACCCCGAGUACCGGCCCAUGCUGGCCGCGCUCGAGCGGUGCGAGUACCCGUUCACCGCGGUGGCGAGCAAGCUGAACGUGCUCGAGUUUCUGUGCGACCAGUUCCUGACCACGGCGCAGGCGCGCGAGGACAUCACCAGCGAAGGCGUGGCCAAGCACGACGAUCACUGCCGAGUGUGCCACAAGCUGGGGGACCUGCUGUGCUGCGAGACCUGCCCGGCCGUCUACCACCUGGCCUGCCUCGACCCGCCUCUCGAGGACGUCCCCACCGAGGACUGGAUCUGCACCGUCUGUCAGGCCAACCAGGUAUUACAUAUAGAACGACGCAACAAGGUGUCUCCCCCACUGCCGCUUCACCUUUUCACGUGUGGAUUGCUGAUGAUCGGCCGAUUUGAAAUGUGUCCUGGGGUCACAGACUGUAUAUCAGACAUCGAGAAAGGGGGCCUGCUCAGUCGACAAGAAUGCCUGGGUCUCGACCGGCAUGGCAGAAAGUACUGGUUUCUGUGUCGAAGGAUCUUUGUGGAAGGGGAGAACAACGAGGCAUUCUACUACUCUACGCCAGCGCAGCUGGAGGAGCUGCUCGACGUGCUCGAUGCAGAAGAUCUGGAGCUGGACUUGUGCCGGACCAUCGCCGAGUUCCGCGACGAGAUCGUCCGGCACAUGGAGCUCACCGAGAAGCUCACGAACUCAUCCAAGGGAAACAGGAAAACCUACCUGGACUCCGAGAACGCCACUCUGGCCAAGGUGCAGGCAGAGCGAGCAGCACGGAGAGCCAGGGAGGAAGAGGAGAGGAAACAGCGGGAGGCCCAGGAGGCUGAGGAACGGCGGCGGUUGGAAGAAGAGAACGCGGCAAUGGCGGCAGCCAACCUGGAAAGUGCGGCGCACCGCUUUCUCAAUUCGGUAGAAGACAGCCUCCUCAUGCCGUGCCCCCUCAAACCCGAAGACGGCCUACCCCAUUUUGCGGAGAUGCCGCAGAUGGUGGAGGAGCAAAUUAACGUUGCGUCGCACGCCAACAUCCUCGACAUGGGCGACGAAGAGAACCGGAUGGAUUGCGGGGACGUGUCGGACAUGCCGCCUCCGGAACCGAUGGAGGUUGACACGAAGCCCGACGUCACGGAAAUGGAGGAGGAGGUGACGACUACAACCAUGGUCACUACGGUGGUGACAACGACGACCAGCACCAAAACGGUCACAAUGGUGAAAUUAAAAGAAGAGGGGCCAGAUGACAUGGCCGAAGCCGAAUCCAAAGCUGCACCUGAAACCAAAGAGAGUGAAGAGAAAGAGGCGGAAUCGGAGCAAUGUGGAGCAAAAGCCGACGACGGAGCAGCAUCAGCAGCCGGCAAGAAGCCCUCGGAGGAAGACAGUGCGAAAAAGGCAGCUGGGAAAGGAACUGGCAAAGAGGAACCGGACACGGGCCCGCGCUCUUCCAUCGUGACUCGGUCCAAGACCGGUUCACUGGUGCCUCGGAGCUUCGCAUUUGACACCACGAGUCGGUCUACGGGGUCCGCCAAGAAGUCCGGCGGGUCGUCGGACGGCGAUGGCGACUCGGUCCUUGUGCUCACCAAGGACGGGGAGAUCUCGCGGGUGUCGCGGGGCAAGGCGUCCGGCGCGGUGCCGCUCAACUCGGGGUCGUUGCUCUUCAAGCUGGGCAUGGAGGGCAGCUACCGCAGCUUCACCAACCAGUACAACAGCAACAACCUGGCCCUGAACAAACACCAGCACGCCGAGGACAGGGACAAGCGGCGGCACCUGUCCCACAAGUUCUCGCUCACUGCGGCCUCCGAGUUCAAGUGGGGCGGCCCGGUGCACGGCAGCCGCGCGGCGCUGGUUGGCACCCUGCGGCAAACGCUGCUUCAGCUGGAGAGCAGCGUGCCCGCCGCCCUGCUGCACCCCAACUGGGCCAUCCACAGGGGCAACUGGCUGCGCGCGGUCAACAUGUGCACCUCGCCCCGCGACUUCUCCCUCGCCCUGGCCAUCCUGGAGGCCUCUGUCAAGCCGGUCCUCUUCAAUGCCGCCUGGAGCGACUCGCUCGGUCACACGCACCUCCGGCGGACAACAGUGGCCGAGCGGGAGGAGAAGAAGAAACUGGAGAAGCGGGAACGGCGAGAGCUGAUGGAGGAGGAAGUGGACCGCAGUGUCUGGGUCAAGUACACGCUGGGGCUCAAGCACCAGGUGUGGAAACAGAAGGGCGAAGAGUACCGGAUCACGGGCCAGGGCGGUUGGCAGUGGCAAAGCUGCACAAGGGUGGUGCGGCACGUUCCGGCGCACACGGUGGGCCUGCGGGCAGGCCCACACAAGGUGGUCAUCGCCCUGCAGCACGGCCAGCAGCAGCAGCGCAACACUGCCGAGAACAAGGCCAAGGCUGCAGCCGAGGAGGCUGCUAAGGUGGGUGUUUCAGACUUAAGCUGUAAGGAAGGCGGAGGGGAAGGCGGCGAGGGGAAAACGGAGGCGGGUGCUACCGGUGACAGUUCUGCACCAUCCGCGGAGCCCGAGGAGACGACGAGGGAAGUGAAGAUCACCGGUGAGACCCUGCUCAAGGCGAUGCUGGCAUCCCGAGCCAUGGUUGUGGAGUUGGUCAACGUCUCCGAGUCGCUCUCCUCGCCCGUGCGGACCCUCUACCCAAAGGUGGCCAAACCUACAAAGAUUGACGGCUUUCUGGAGCGCCGGUUAAAGCUGAAGGAGCUCGAGGACAAAAUGGCCGAGUCGGUGAGGAUCAAGGCUGAGCCUCACGUGGACGUCGAGACCAUCGAGUCGCCAGUGAAAGUGGCAAAGCCACUGGUGCUCAAUGGAAUGGUCGCUGCUGAGGAUUCGGGCCUGGAUCUUGCGGAGAGGGCGAGGCGUUGCUAUUCGCCGCUGUGCCGGCGCGGCACAGUGGCAUCUGCUGUCGGCGGCAACUGCUAUUCAUCAACCUGCCGUGCUUCUAAGCUGUUUGUCAAGGUGGCAACCAUUCACAGCAGUGUCCGGACACCGGCAACUGCCACGGCUACUGACCAUACGAUGGCCAAUGGAGACGCCAAGUCAAUGGUCAAGCAGGAAAUCAAGUCGCCCGUCAAGAUGCAGAGUCUCCUGAAACCAGCUGAUCCAGGUGUUCCAGCAAGCGAGGUAAAGCAGACAGUCGUGGAGCAGAUGACCACGACGACCACCACCACCGUGUCCCGGACCACUGUCACGACCACCAGCACGACCACCACUGUGGUGAAGCACGAGCCUGAAGAUAUGGUGCCCGAUGUCCCCGAGCCAUGCAACGACGUUGAAAUGACCACAGUCGCGGCCGAGGAGGUGGUCGAGACAGACGAGUCCGAGCUCCCACCGGUCGAGACGGCCGCGGAGGAGACAGUGCUCACUGAACCCGCAGUUGCCGAGGAAGUUGUCUGCAGCGACGACGUGUCUGCUUCUGUCGAGGAAGAGGUGGCCACUUGUGGCGAGGGUGACCAGCCCGUUUCCAUGGAGGAGGAGGUGUCUGCUUGCGCGGAAGAAGAGGUGUCCAGUUCGGCCGAAGAAAAACCUGCUCCUGUCGAUACUGACAUGUCCGGCCCUGCUGCAAGCGAACUGCCUGUAUCGGUAAAGGAAGAGCCGGCAGCAACAGCUGCUGGUGAAGACACUGAAAUGUUGCCUGCUGUUGCGGAGAACGAAGUUGCACAGCCUGCAGAUGUCGGCAAGAAAGCACCGCCGCCGGUAAGCAACAACAUUGACAAGAAAGUUUCUGCUCUGGCGUUGCCUUCUGAAGUUUCUUCCAAUCCGGCGGCAGCACAGUUGACUCCCGUCAAUCAACAAAAGCAGGUUGUCGCUGUCAAGAGCGAACCAGAAAAGUCUGGCCAGAAAACCGAGUCUUCCACAACAACGACGACAACAACGACAACGGCAGCUGCGACAGUUGCGAAAGCACUGGUGUCCGCAACAAUCAUCGCGUCGUCCGCGGGCAGUUCGGCCGUGACAAAAGUGGCGGGGGCAGCCGUAGCAGCAGCGGCGACGACAUCGAAGACAUCGACGACGACGGCUGUCACCGAGGGCAAGGCAAUGAGCACCACAGUGACGACAACAAGCAACAAGGUGUACCUGGGCAAGAUCACCAAGGUGACCAAGAAGGUGAAGAAGAACAAGGGCACGCUGCCGCCGUUCUGCCGCUUCCAGACCUUCGCCAGCAAGCAACGCAGCAUCAUGGUUUUGCCACAGCACGAACUGCGCAAGAUGUCCCGAAGGGGCUCCCUUCGUGAAGCCACGGGAUUCAGCUACACCGCCAAGGUGAACCCGCAAAGCUGGCCCUAUGGCGUCAGCCCAAGGCCCUGCUUCAAGACUGCCUGGCGGUACCGGAAUCAAAUGCUGACCACCAUCCACCAGGUGGCGCUUCAGUUGCGCGUGCUGUGGGCCAGCCUGCGCUGGGACGACCUGCAGGCCAAGCCCCCGCCGGGCGGCACCAACACGAUGACGACCGAGAGUGACGUACAGACCACCGAACUGCUCAAGCGCAAGGACGUGGGCCCCUUCGGCCUGCGCUCUGAGUACCUUGUACGCCGCAUCACCGUGCCCAUCGAUCUGCCCUCCAAACCCAGAGAGAAAGUGACACCGCAGCGAACAGGACUUCGGGAGCGGAGAAGACCCGAGUCACCCCAGCACAAGGGACCGACGGUGACCGAGGUUUGGGUGCCCGAGGAAGACCUUGAACUUUGGGAGAUCCGGCAGUUCGGAGAAAAGAUCGAGAAGCAACAGCUGGCGGUGCGUGAGAAGCUGGCCCAAGUGCAUGCCCAACAAAGUGCCGACAAGAUCCGAGCCCAGAUGGAGGCCCAGCUGAAGCAGCAGCGGCUGGCCAUGCAGCAGAAGCGGCUGCAGGAAGGCACGACGGGCACCAAGACCAGCACGCCCGGCACCAAGACCAUCACGGUGACGGUGUCAACACCGCAGGCCGCCAACCAGGCACUCACCAAGGUGGCACUGGUGUCAUCCGGAAGCCCAAUCAAGGGCACAACACUCACGAGCCUGGUGACAACGCCGGGUAAUGCUGGUGCAGGAAGAGCAGUGCGCCGAAUCUUCACGACACGACCCGUGGGUGCCACCAACAGUGCAGACGGCAUCACCAAGAUUCCCAUCACUGCCAUCAGCGGCAACGCGCCCACGCUGAUGCCCAAGACGACGGUGGGCGGACCGCAGCAAAUCAUUGUGCGCGCCCCCGUCGGCGCGGGCCAGGCCCGGCCGGCGGUGAUUGCGGUGAGGGGAGUGGUGCCUGCGACUGCCGGCGGUGCCAACGCGGUACUUCGCCCCGCCCUGGGAAAUCCGACAGGCACGGCUGCUCCCGUGAGGGCGCAGAUUCAGAUCAUCCAGGGUCCCAACGGCCAGCUCCAAGUCCGGGGACUCAUGCCUGGUCAACAACUCAUCCGUCUGCCGGACGGUCGUCUUCAGUUGCUGACGUUGCCUGUGCAAGCUGCGCCAGCGGUCACGACGACGGCUGGCUGCGGCCAACACGUCCCAGCCGCAGACCAUCCAGAUCACCACACUUCGUCCGGCCAUCUCCAUCGCUCCAGGCCACGGGCGUGGCUACGGCAGUCGGUGGCAGCCCCGGCUGCUGCCACUGCCGUCGCAGCCACAGCGCCCACCGUAGUUGCUGCGCCGGCAGCUGCGCCCCAAACGGCUGUUUCCGUAGCACCAGCUGGCACAGUACAAAUCGUCUCUCAGCCAACGCAGCAAAUAAAGGUGCAACCCACGGUGGUGCUGUCGACGGCGUUGUCCGCCAGUUCAGCUGCGGCCACCGGCACCGUGGUCACCACCACCCAGGCCAAUCUGGCCCCGAAGCUCAUCCAGAUUCGGCCACAGAUGACCACUACCGUGCCGCAGCAGAUACUGGGCACACAAGUCAAAGUUUUGCCGGCGGUGAGGCCCCUGGUGCAAACGGCAGCAGCUGGUGCAACGCCUGCCACCACCAGCGUACGGCUGCAGGCAGCGACAGUGAGCAUCCCAGGGUUGGCCACCGUAGUGGCUAGCCCAGCGUCAGCAGUGGGUGCCGCAGCAGCGACACCGGUGGUGGCCACAAAAGCCGUGCUGGCACCGGCAGCAACAACGCCGGUUAAAGCCGUGGCCCCUGCUGCUACUGCUGCCGCUGCUACUGUUGCUGCUACUGCUGCUGCUGCUGCUGCUACGAGUAACACGGAGACGGCCACGCCACCCGCCACCGUGCCGACCGCCCCAGCCAAGCCAGCGGAGGCACCGGCCACUCCAGUAAAGAGCGAAGCGCCUGCAGCCUCGCCCGUGUCCUCGCCACCCAACUCACCACAGCAGUUUGUGCUCACCCCAGCCAUAACACAGCAGAUUGUGCGGCAAGCCUUGAUGAACCCACAGACGUCGCCCGAGAUCCAGCAGAAGCUACUGGCCCUGCAGCGGCACCACCAGCAGCUGCAGCGUACACCCGCGGCUGUCUCGGUGCCGGCAGGCGUGGGCCGCAGUUCUUCCUCGUCCUCCUCAUCGUCUUCCUCCUCCUCCUCGUCUUCAUCAUCCUCGUCCUCAUCGGGUGGUGGGCCCACCACCUCACCACCAGUGUCAAAAUCCAAGUCAACCGAACACAAGGACGAAGGGCAGAGGUGCGUAACACAAGUGGCUUAGCGAGAGUGCACCCCU